UCAUCGCCUUCCGCGGCACCGCCAACCUCUGGGACGUCCUCGUCGAUGCCAACCUCUUCACCAAAACCAUCGACAUGACUGCCCGCCUCCUCCACGCCAAAGACGAGGUCAAGAAAUUCGUCCGCACCUCCUCGGAGUACACAUCCGCACAAAAAGGCUCGGCCCCGAAACUCUGGAUCGCCGGUCACUCUCUAGGCGCAGCCGUCGCCAUCUCCGUCGGGGUCAAGCUAACACUAGACGGAAUGGACAAAUCCGAAUUCGACACGUUUCUGUUUAACCCCCCGUUUCAAGCUCUCACUUACGGGUCGGAUAAUCCAGAAAAGGGAUCGCUGAACUCAGUGCUGAAGAAGUUCGAGAAUAUUUUGGCCGAUCUUUUAAAAUCGGCGCUGGGCAGUGAUGAGGAUGCUGACGAGCAUUUGUACGGAUGGGCGCCGAGAUUGUACGUGCAUCCUGACGAUUUGGUGUGUAUGGGGUUUAUACCGUUCUUCGAGGAGAAGAGGAAUGAGAAUAAGAAGGAUAUAUUGGUUCUGGCUCAGUUGACGGCGAGCGAUGGGAGCCUGGUGAAUAUCGGGUGGGCGUGGCCGAAGACGCUGUCGGCGAAUUACAUGAGGUCGGCGGUGAUGUAUGUGAAUAGAGGGGAGAGGAAGGGAGGGGAGGUGGAGGAGGGUGAUGUGGAGGAGAUGGGGAGGAGGCUGAAGAAUAUUAAGAAGGAUGAUAAAGGGAUUGGUAAGUUUUUGAAAGCGCACUCGCUUGAGCAGUGGUUCGAUCACAAGCUGCAUCUUGUGCCGCAAAAGCACGUGCACUCGUCGGCUGCCACUGCUUAG